ACACCCACACUUCUCUGACUUGCAAUCGAUCACUUAUUGAUUUUUAUUCAGGUGGGUAUUCUCAAAUGACUUCUUUAAUUAGUGGUUAUCUAUCGAACUGCUAUUUCCUUUACGUUCAAUUUUCAGUGUCAGAAAUCAACUUGAUAGAAUAUCAUAACUAUAUAUAGGGUCACGGUCGUUAUGUGGAAGUUGAAGAUAGGAAAGGGAAAUGGUGAAGAUCCGCAUUUAUUCAGUAGCAAUAACUUCGUCGGACGUCAAACAUGGGAGUUUGAUCACCAAGCCGGCUCACCAGAGGAACGAGCUUCCGUCGAAGAAGCUCGCCGAAGUUUCUUGAUCAACCGUUCUCGUGUUAAAGGUUGCAGUGAUCUCUUAUGGCGAAUGCAAUUUCUAAGAGAGAAGAAAUUCGAACAAGGCAUACCGCAACCUACUAAAAUAAAGGAGGAAAUAACGUAUGAAACAACGACAAAUGCAUUACGAAGAGGCGUUCGUUACUUCUCAGCUUUGCAAGCCUCCGACGGCCAUUGGCCUGGAGAAAUCACCGGUCCGCUUUUCUUCCUUCCUCCUCUCAUAUUUUGUUUGUACAUUACCGGACAUCUGGAGGAAGUAUUCGAUGCUGAACAUCGCAAAGAGAUGCUACGGCAUAUCUAUUGUCAUCAGAACGAAGAUGGUGGAUGGGGAUUACAUAUCGAAAGCAAGAGUGUUAUGUUCUGCACCGUGUUGAAUUACAUAUGUUUUCGUAUGCUUGGAGAAAAUCCUGAACAAGACGCGUGCAAACGAGCUAGACAAUGGAUUCUUGACCGUGGUGGUGUGAUUUUUAUUCCUUCUUGGGGGAAAUUUUGGCUCUCGGAAGACAUGUAUUAUCCUCAUCCUUUGGUUCAAGAUUUGAUAUCUGACACUCUUCACAACUUUGUGGAGCCUUUUCUUACACGUUGGCCAUUGAACAAGCUUGUACUGUGCAUGCUAGCUUGUUGGGUCGAAAAUCCUAAUGGAGACUACUUCAAGAAGCAUCUGGCUAGAAUUCCAGAUUACAUGUGGGUCGCUGAAGAUGGAAUGAAAAUGCAGAGCUUUGGAUGUCAACUGUGGGAUACCGGAUUUGCUAUUCAAGCUUUACUUGCAAGUAAUCUCCCUGAUGAAACUGAUGAUGCAUUAAGGAGAGGACAUAAUUACAUAAAGACAUCUCAGGUUAGAGAAAACCCUUCAGGUGAUUUUAAGAGCAUGUACCGCCACAUUUCGAAAGGAGCAUGGACAUUUUCUGAUCGAGAUCAUGGAUGGCAAGUUUCAGAUUGUACAGCUGAAGCUUUAAAGUGUUGCCUACUUCUUUCCAUGAUGCCAGCUGAUAUCGUUGGCCAGAAAAUAGAUGAUGAACAAUUAUAUGAUUCUGUUAAUCUCUUGCUAUCUUUACAGAGCGGAAAUGGAGGUGUCAAUGCGUGGGAGCCUACCCGUGCAUAUGAAUGGAUGGAACUGCUCAAUCCUACAGAAUUCAUGGCUAAUACCAUGGUCGAGCGGAAGUUUGUGGAAUGCACCUCAUCUGUUAUACAAGCACUUGAUCUAUUUAGAAAGUUGUAUCCAGAUCACAGGACAAAAGAGAUCAACAGGUACGGAAAUUGGGGUGUUUGCUUCAUUUACGCUACUUGGUUUGCUCUUGGAGGUCUAGCAGCAGCUGGUGAAACUUACAACGAUUGUUUAGCUAUGCGCAAAGGUGUCCACUUUUUGCUCACUACGCAAAGAGAUGAUGGAGGUUGGGGUGAAAGCUAUUUAUCAUGCUCCGAACAGAGAUACAUACCAUUAGAAGGAGAAAGAUCAAACAUUGUGCAAACAUCAUGGGCUAUGAUGGCUCUAAUUCAUACGGGACAGGCUGAGAGAGAUUUGAUUCCUCUUCAUCGUGCUGCCAAACUAAUCAUCAAUUCACAACUUGAAAACGGGGAUUUUCCUCAACAGGAAAUAGUAGGAGCGUUCAUGAAUACAUGCAUGCUACACUAUGCUACAUACCGAAACACCUUCCCCUUAUGGGCACUCGCGGAAUACCGAAAAGUUGUGUUUAUCGUUAAUUAAUCAUCUUUUACUUAUUUAUGUAAUUUUACUUUUAAAAAAAUCAGAUGGAUGUU